GCUUGCGCGUUGCUUCCGGGUCAGAGGCCAGACGGUCGGACGCUGCGCGGACUAUGGUGCAGCUCCGGCCGCGCGCGUCCCGCAUCCCGGCCUCGGCGAUGGUAGACGAGGGCCAGCCCCCCUCCGAAGAGGAGGAGGAGACGGAGCACGGCCUGUUGCUCGGGCAGCCCAGCAGCGGCGCGGCCGCGGAGCCGCUGGAGGAAGAAGAUGAGGAAGGGGACGACGAGUUGGACGACGAGUUGGACGACGAGGCGCCGGAGGAGCUGACUUUCGCCAGCGCCCGGGCGGAAGCACGAGAAGAGGAGCGGCGAGUUCGGGAGUCGGUGCGCAGGGACAAAACGCUCCUGAAGGAGAAGAGGAAGCGCCGCGAGGAGCUGUUCAUUGAACAAAAGAAAAGAAAACUCCUUCCAGAUAACAUUCUAGAGAAGUUAACUACAGCUGGACCGACGAACAUAAAGAAACCAUCAGGAAAGCUGAAAGAAGCAAAUUUGCAGAAGAAAAAGGAAGAAUAUGAAAAAGGCAGUGACUCUAAGAACGCUAAAGAGAAAGUACAAAAAGUACAGUCUGUUGGCCAGAAUAAAAGCUACGUGGCUCUAAGGCUCAAAGAUCAAGAUCUAAGAGACGUGCGGCAGCAAGCGGCCAAGGCCUUCAUACAGAAUUCUUUGUAUGGUCCAGGAACCAACAGAACUACUAUAAAUAAGUUCCUGUCUCUUGAAAAUAAGAGGUUACCAGUGAAAAAGGCUGCAGCUCAGUUUCUGAAUAAUGCUUGGGGAACCCAGAAAAAACAAAAUGCAAAGAGGUUUAAAAGACGGUGGAUGGCCAGGAAAAUGAAAACUUCUAAGAAGUAAAGCUAAAUGAAGAAUGAGAACUUGUAUGUACUUGUAUGUAUAGUUUUAGUUAUGUGGUUUAGAGAAUUAGUUUUUCUGAAAAUCUAAUAAAUCAUUUAUAAAUCGUUUUGAAAGGUCA